GGGUGUCCGACCGUCUGUGGGCACCGGGAAUCAGCCGCAAGAAAGACCUAAGCGCAGGGUUGGAAGAUUUUGAUUCUAAGAAGAAAAGAAAAGUGGCAGAAAUUUAUCAGGCUCUGAACAGUGAUCCCAUUGAUGUGGCUGCACUCAGGCGGAUGGCGAUCAGUGAAGGGGGGCUCUUGACGGAUGAGAUUCGUUGCAAAGUGUGGCCAAAGCUGCUAAGUGUUAAUACAGACGACCUGCCUCCUCUUCCAGGAAAGGAACUGCGAGAGAACAAUAAAGAUUACCAGCAAGUAUUACUGGAUGUGCGGCGAUCCCUGCGCCGUUUCCCACCAGGGAUGCCGGAUGACCAAAGAGAAGGGUUGCAGGAGGAGCUCAUCGAUAUUAUCCUCCACGUUCUCAAGCGUAACCCCCAGCUGCACUACUACCAGGGCUACCAUGACAUCGUGGUCACCUUCCUCCUGGUGGUAGGCGACAGACUUGCUACAGCUCUAGUGGAAAAGCUCUCGACACAUCAUCUCAGGGAUUUCAUGGACCCAACGAUGGAUAAUACCAAGCACAUUUUAAAUUACCUGAUGCCCAUCAUAGACCAGGUGAACCCUGAGGUGCAUGACUUCAUGCAGAGUGCGGAAGUGGGAACUAUCUUUGCGCUCAGCUGGCUGAUCACAUGGUUUGGGCAUGUUUUGUCUGACUUCAGACACGUCGUGCGAUUAUAUGACUUCUUUUUGGCCUGCCAUCCACUGAUGCCCAUUUACUUUGCCGCUGUGAUUGUGCUGUAUCGGGAGCAGGAAGUUCUGGACUGCGAGUGCGACAUGGCCUCUGUCCACCACCUCCUGUCCCAGAUCCCACAGGACCUUCCUUACGAGACUCUGAUCAGCAGAGCUGGGGACCUUUUUGUCCAGUUUCCGCCAUCUGAACUUGCCAGGGAGGCAGCUCAGCAGCAGGCUGAACGAACUGCCGCUUCCACUUUUAAAGACUUUGAGUUGGCGUCAGUGCAGCAGAGACCAGACACUGUGUUGAGACAACGCUUCAGGGAGCGACUCCAAGGGGAAGAGCGGACAGAAUCCAUCUGGACAAAGCCAAGGACCAACCGUUUUGUCAAGCUAGCGGUUAUGGGGCUAACGGUCGCGCUGGGAGCAGCUGCCCUGGCCGUGGUGAAGAGCGCGUUGGAAUGGGCGCCCAAGUUUGAACUGCAGAUUUUCCCCUGAAGCCAGAGGAAGGGCUUUCCCUGUCACCAAGUCCCACAUCCUUCCCUGGCGGGAAUGGAUGAUAUUUGAUGAAAGGACGAGUUUGGAAAUGACCUGUCUGAAGAGUUUUCUGUUCUUGCUGCGUCCCAUGAUGCUUUUGGCCUUUGCGACAGAGACUGAUGGGAACCAGCUCAGCAGGAUCGUUCCCCGUACCAACACGCACCUCGUUCAUGCCUCCCUGUGCAGGAGGGAGCACAGAUGGGCUCCGCUGCUGUGUCGUGAGGAAUUGGAGGUAUGGACAAGUCUGGCUCAUCAGGCCGCACAGCGGAUGACUGUGCGAAUGGAGAGCUGUGUGUGGGUUGUGCCGAAACGAUCUUGCGUUCUCUGUUGGGGCUAAUUAG